AUGAAGAUUCCAUCCGAAUGGGAGUCCUCUCUUCUUCAUUACGAUCAAAAACAGCAAAUCAUUGAUAGUAACUGGGGUGGAUACGCUUUAGAUUUAGAUUUAUGGGAGGACAGCAAAUCGCCUGUAGUGCAAAUAAGGUCGAGCGAAGUGUCAUUAGAUGAUAGAGAGAGUUUGGGCUUCCUGUCAGACAGAUUGAUAGGUAUCGGCUCAUCUUUCCUGACAAGAUCACCUGAAAAUGGUCUCUAUAUUCUUAGCAAAUGUGUCUUGAAAAAUAAGGAUCUCAUAGAUAUCACUAUGUUGCAAUACCAUCGACAUUUGCAAUAUAUUAAUAUUGCUAAUAAUAAUAUAUCAUGUUUGUCGCCUUUAAGCGGCCUUCCAUACUUAAUGUAUUUGAACGCGUCACAUAAUCAAAUUGAACGUUUGUCGGACUUUGCGCCACCUUGGUAUCUCACCUAUGUAAAUUUAUCUUACAAUCAUAUGACAGACAUUGGCGAUCUAAAAAAUUGCUGGAGCAUUGUAAGAUUAAACUUGUCUCACAAUAUUUUGGAAAGCAUUUCUGGCUUGGAAAAUUUCAAGCAUCUGCAAUAUUUAAAUUUAUCUUACAACCUCAUCGAAUGCAUUGAAAACUUGGACAACCUGAAUAUCCGGGAACUGAAUUUAGAAGGCAACUGCAUAACAUCAUUUAGAUCGGCCAUACCCGAUCGUGGCAUAAACAUGUUACCGAAACUGCAAAUAAUUUUCCUGGGUUACAACAAACUAUCAAACUUGAGCUUUUUUAAAGACGCGUACAACUUACGCUUCGUAGAUCUAAAGUUUAAUAGAAUCAGUGACCUAUUGGAGGUAUUGAAUUUGAAGGGCUCAAUAUUCGAAGUUGACUUAAGAGGUAACACCUGCACAAAGUGGCCCAAUUAUCGAAACGUAUUGAUAUCCUUCUUAUCAAGUAUUAAAUUUAUUGACAACGUUGAGGUGUUUGAGGAAGAAAAGGUAACAUCAGCCAAGCUAUUUGCCUCGCCGUUGGAUUUGAUAGCCGCCCGUAAAGUUGCGAAAUUAACAUUACUGGAGCAAUUAAACAUCACCAAAAUAGACGCUCACAUUCAACCGUACGAUGAAGUCAGCCCUCCUCUGGUAAUACUCACAGGACCGUUAGCGCUGAACAAAAUGGCAUUGGCCUUGCACGUGGCUGAAACUUUUCCCGACAAAGUAAAAUACUGUCGUUGGCAUACCACGAAGAAGAUAUGCGUAGACGAUGAUGAACGUAAAGCUUUUAUUCUUAUACAAAGGGAAGAUUUUAACGAUAUGGCGCGACGUAGCGAAUUUUUAGUAAUUCUGGAUCUCUUGGGCGAUAGUUACGGAUUCCAUGUAAAUCAGAUUAGCUCGUUGAUAUCUGAACACAAAAUAGGACUUACGCAAAUGAAUCUAUACGCGAUCACGGAACUUUCCAAACGGUAUCCAAAUUUGAAAGCAGUCUUGGUAUUUUCACAGAGCGUCGAACUUCAUAGAAGCUGGAUACGAGAAAGAUUUGAUGUCUAUACGUGGAUUCAAAACAACAUGGAAAAUUUGUCUACUAUUAAAAUAGGCACAUACUGGGAGGAAGAAGAGGAAAGCGCUAGUUGUAUAUUAAAUUUUAUCAAAGAAAUUUUGGAUGAGGUUUGGCUUGAAAAAGUUAACUUAAGGACGUUCUCAAUCUACAAUACGUGGAGUAAGCUUGGUGUAAAUAGCAAGAGUAAGUGUACAGAUACGUACUUCCGGUGUAAGAAGCUGGAGUACGAGGGUAUAAUAAAUCGUCUAAAACUUCCAAUUUACGACAUCUCCGCAAGAUCACAAAAUGGGGCGACAACUACCGACAUAAAAUUGGAAAAUAAGACGAUGUUACCAAAAGUCGUACUACAAAGGAGCGAGACAAUGGUGUUGAAAAAGAAACGCGUUACAUUGACAGAAGUAAAGAUUAAAGAACAUAUUACAAAAUCAUUUGAUCGAAUGCCAUCUGAAGGAAAAAAACACGCGACGGCAGGAUUAAAAAUUAUCAACAUUAAUAAAUAGGUAUUAUUGGAUGAGCAAUCCAAUAUUAUUGUCGACGACGAAGAGACAAAACGUGAAGAGCGCAGGUCGAAGAUGUUGCAACGUCGAACUACCUUGGUGAGAAGCAUGUCUGAUCAGUUUGAAGAUGAUUUCGACGAAUCGACAUCUUCCGAAGAAGCAACAGAAAUUGUAUAUACUUUAAAUAUUUUUUUGGGAAAAAGUUAUCAAUUUCAUUCGAUAAAUUUCUUCUAUCAUGAUAAUCAUGAACCAACAAUUCGAAGAGAGGAAAUAAUACACGAAGAAAAAGCAAAAACAUUAAAAAAUACAUACGUCGAACUUGUUAUAGGAAGUAGAAAAUUGUAUUUGGACUAUCACGAAAGCCAUCCUGGCUUUUUUACUUUAGUGCUGCUUAUGGAUAAUUAUAAAAGAGCUUUUAAUUUAUUAAUUGAUUUCAUUCAUGAGUCGUAUAUGAAUUUGCCUUACAAGAAGUCAAUCUUCUUCUCAGAAAUGCAGCAUUUCAGGCGUACAGCAAUUCCUGUCGCACUUGAAAAUAUUGUUAAUGAAAUCAGAGAGUUUGUAUAAUAAAAUUUAAUUUUAAGUUUGUUUUGUACCCAUA